CAGGAAGAGGGUCAUGGACUUGGUCACCCAGACGGCUAUCCUGCCCCUGCUGUUUGGAUGCCUGGGGCUUUUCAGCCUCUUCCGUGUGCUGCAGCGGAUCCGCUCAAGGGCUUACCUGAGGAAUGCUGUGGUGGUAGUUACAGGUGCCACCUCAGGGCUUGGCAGAGAAUGCGCCAGAGUCUUCCAUGCUGCAGGGGCUAAACUGGUGCUCUGUGGUCGAAAUGUGGAAGCCCUUGAAGUACUCACCCGUGAACUUGCUGGUUCUCGCACCUCCCAGGGACAGACACACAAACCUUGCAUGGUGACCUUCGACCUCACAGAUCCUGGUGCUAUUCCUGUGGCAGCAGCUGAGAUCCUACAGUGCUUUGGCUAUGUGGACAUCCUCAUCAAUAAUGCUGGGAUCAGCUACCGUGGUAUCAUCAAUGAUACCCUAGUGGACGUGGACAGGAGGGUGAUGGAGAUAAACUAUUUUGGCCCUGUUGCUCUAACAAAAGCGCUCCUACCCUCCAUGGUCAAGAGGAAGCGAGGCCACAUCGUCGCUAUCAGCAGUGUCCAGGGCAAGAUCAGCAUUCCUUUUCGAUCAGCAUAUGCAGCCUCCAAACAUGCAACCCAGGCAUUCUUUGACUGUCUGCGUGCUGAGAUGGAGCAGGAUAACAUUGAGGUGACUGUGAUAAGCCCUGGCUACAUCUAUACCAAUCUCUCUGUAAAUGCUGUCACUGCUGAUGGCUCCAGAUACGGAGCUCUAGACAAGAACACAGCUCAGGGCAGAAGCCCUGCAGAGGUGGCCCAGGAUGUCCUUGCUGUUGUGGGGAAGAAGAAAAAGGAUGUGCUCUUGACUGACUUACUGCCAUCCAUGGCCGUCUAUCUCAGGACUCUGGCUCCUGGGAUUUUCUUCAGAAUCAUGGCCUCUAGGGCCAGAAGAGAGCGGAAAUCUAAGAACUCCUGAUAUUGCUGAGCUGCUAGCCUGGAUCAGUGUGAUCAGACUGAGUACCACACCUUCCUGGGCUGGGGCAGCUCUGCAAGGGAUCCACAGCUGAGACCUGCUAGAGGGUGGCCGUGCACUCUAAGGUGGACAGAAGCACUUCGGUUUUCACUGGUGGUGGGUUAGCCCUUAAGAAGUAAAAUAUGGAGUUGUGCUGGGACUCUUAAAGAUGUAAAAUAAAUGAGUGAACUGGGUCAGAGUUCUCAGUAGAACCACAUGUCCUCUGAAUCCUGGACUUGCCGGAUUCUGAAAGUGGUUCUGGGGGUUUACGAACAGGGUGUCCUAAUAGCACCAACCCCAAA